AUGCAGAUCAAUACCGGAAACGAGGGCUUCCUCCCUAUCCUUCCCAACCCUGCGACGCACAUUCGGCUGCUUAUCGUCUUCGCUUGUGGUGAGGCAGGCGUCGCUGACAUUCAAAUUUCACUUAUCUCUGUUCCAUUCCUUGACGCACCAGCCUAUCAUGCGGUUUCGUAUACAUGGGGCGAUUCCGCGUCCGAAGAAAAUAUUACAAUAUGUAACGGCGAUAACGGGGAUGCGAAGGACAGAAGCAAUGACCGUAGACGGGUGACGGUACGCAAGAAUUGUGCAAAUGUGCUGCGACAAUUAGCCCAUUUUAAGACGGCAAAGUACUACUGGGUGGACGCAAUUUGUAUCGAUCAAACUAAUGAUACCGAGAAGAGUUAUCAAGUCGCAAUGAUGGGGGAGAUUUUCAGUCGUGCGGAUUGCGUACUAUCUUGUGUUGGCAUGCAUGAAGAUGACAGCAAGUUCAUGGCCGACACCCUCAGGAGUUUCGAUACAUACUUGGCUUCACACGGAAAAUCAUCUGCAGUCUUCAGCGACGGAGGUCGUGAUUGGACAGAUGAGAAAGGCUGGACAAUCUGGCAUAGUGAGCACUGGCUGGAGGCCCUCGCAGACGAGGACAUAGUACGACUUUAUGAGGCUCUUGAUGCUUUCGCUCGACGGCCGUAUUUCUGGCGGAUCUGGAUCCUGCAGGAAUUGUUUGUUGCUCGUCAAAUAGUCAUCCUAUGCGAUCUUGACGAGCUUUCGCUUCCCACAAUCCUUUUCUGGUGGGUCGAUGCAAAAACACAAUGGGUUUUCCGGCAUCGAGAUGACAUUGCGGCAGGCAAAGAGCCACCUAUCCUACUGCGCAAACUCACGGCGUUAGAAGCUGGCAAAGAUUACUUGAGUAGAGCGCGAUGGACUGAUGUGCUCAGCUUUCUUGAUGACGGAGGCUCAGGUCUCGGUGCUGGAUUUGAAGACAUGCUCCGCGAGCGAGCAGUUACUCUUCAUGAGACGUCCGAACGACAGCAAUUGUUCUUAGCAAAGAUGCUUACCAUGUGCGAAGACCGACAUUGUCAGGAUCCGCGGGAUACUGUGUACGGCACCCUCUCCUUAACGAACUGGGGUGAAGGUACGACAUUCACGCUGGAUGGAGUUUUGAUUGAGGCAGCUGCCACCAUCGAUGGUGUUCUUCGCCCGGACUAUAAGAAGUCUAGCUAUGAUCUAGCGAAAGAGGUUAUGCUGAACUUCAACGAGAUAGGCGAGCUUGUUAAGCUAGUCCUCUACAUGCUUCGGGUUGGCUCGGAUGCGGAGGAAGUAAUAUCAGGGAUUGACUCUCGCCGUCAGAGAACCGUUACCACAGCACAAAUUGCGGACCAGGACCUAGUUCAUCUAGCAAACCAGUCAGAACAGGAGCAGUUACAAAUCGUGGAAGGUGGCUUCCAGAUCACAUCAGAAAGUGUGUGGAGGAUAGAACGGGCCACAGAUUCCACGUAUGUGUACAUUCACGCCGUGGAUCGAUCUGACACCUGUUGCGCACUUGCAAGCGCGACAAUAAAUGUCAAUGAUUGGAUCGUGCCUACAGCGUACAGUUACGGCUUUGUCCUCCGUCAGGUCAGUGAGGCAAGCAAGUAUUUCCAGAUUGUCGGAAAAGUAUGGUUUCCCCCAGAGCUUCUACCGAAUGAUCUUGAAAUGACUGCUUUCAUGAUGUGGUUUGGGGUUGAUGACAUCCUAGUACAUCUGGCAGGUGGUUUCGCAUAUAUUCUCUCUGGAGACAAUGCAAAGAGACUGGAAGAAAGGGUCCUUGAACUCAUUAAUGUCGAUUUUUGUGGGGAGCCGUACUCUAGUUGCGCUGAGGUUCCUGGGGAGAAACGCACUGGUACAGCCGACGAUUUCGUGGAGCGUGCAAAGACUUAUACUUUGCAAUUACUUGCGGAUUGGCAUCUCUUUCAGGCGGAAAACUCUGAACGUACGUAG